GGACAUACAUGGGCGCCUCGAAACGGCUUACAAAGAUGCUCUGGUGAAUCCUGAUAGCACGGAAGUUGAGGAGGACGCUUUCCCGGAAAGCGAUGAUGCAUUUAUUAUGAUCUCGGCGAUGAUUUCUUCGGAUUCAGAGAUUUGGGUUUGGUCUAUUCUCAGGUGCCCCACAAGUUAUUUUUUGGAACGAGCAAACCGAAGCCUCAACUCAAAAAAGUAUCCGAGCAAGGACACCAACGUAAAUAGACGAUCUCGUUACGCUCCACCACCACCUUGGAGUCAGGUCAAUGACCCAGACUGUCAGAUUGGCCUACUUCGAGAUUUCUUCCGUAACAAGAUGGAAGAAUCUAAUGGAAAAUUGAUCGAGGAUGACUUCCUUCCGGCCAAACAACGCAAUCAACAACGGCCAAGGGUGCCUCCCACUGGCAAGAUUCCGCCACAACCUAAGAGGCAGCCUAAGCUUCAAUUAAUGGCUGCUGCACUUGCAGAGAAAAAGAAGAAAAAGGAAAGAGACGCUCAAAUGGCCGAAGAGAAGGAACGUGCGAAACGUCUAAAGGCCGAAGAACAGGCCAAGGAGGCAAAGAAAGCGGAAGCCGCAAAAAAAGCGGCCAUAGAAAAUAAAAAGAAGAAGGUAACUGUCAAAACAGGAAAAGUCAAAACACCUCAACCUGAUGUUACCGUCACGCCUGUACCUAAAAAACACGAAUUGGAAGAUGGCAGUGAUAGUGAGUUGGUGCCAUUGGCCCAACGGAAAAAGCGUCGCGUCGAGGCCACAAAUAGUCGCGUUGGUAAUAAGAGG